GCUGAUUCUGUCUCUGCUUCUGAACCAGGACAAGCACCACCAUCCACCAUGGUGAAGCUGGGCUGCAGCUUCUCAGGGAAGCCAGGAAAAGACCCUGGAAACCAGGAUGGGGCUGCUAUGGACAGUGUCCCUCUGAUGAGCCCCCUGGAUGUCAGCCAGCUCCAGCCGCCAUUCCCGGACCAGGUGUUAAUCAAGACACAGACAGAAUACCAGCUCACCUCCCCAGAUCAGUCAAAGAAGUUUGCAGACCUGGAGGGUCAGAGGCUGGCUUGCAGCCACCCAGAGGAAGGGCGCAGGGUGCCCACUGCUAGGAUGAUCGCCUUUGCCAUGGCACUCCUGGGAUGUGUGCUGAUCAUGUACAAGGCCAUCUGGUAUGACCAGUUCACCUGCCCAGAUGGCUUCCUGCUUCGG